AGAAAGUUGUGAUAAACUUCUGUCGGCUGUAGGUUCGGGACUUCAAUACGGACGUCUGUGUAAACAUGAAGACUCUGAUCGUUCUUGUCGCAACUCUGGUUCUAGCGACUGCAUCGGUCCUGCAGCACAAGCGGCAGGUCACCUGUGAGAACCAAUGUGAGCCAGGUGUGGCGGGCACGUGCAGCCAUGGUCACGUGUGUUUGACCAUCGGCGAGGGCGGCUGCACCAAGUGCAUGAUACUGUUACCCGGAAAACGCCAGAUAAUUCAAUGCCCUAUGGUGAUGUGUGCCAGCUUCUGCCAGUACGGCUACAAGGUCGGAGCUGACGGCUGUAGAGGCUGCGAGUGUAAUCCGGCUCCCACAGCUUAAAGCCUGUGUCACAGCUGCGAGACCCUUGUACUGUUGUACUUGAAUACAGUGCUCACCUAGAGACAGAUUACAUUGUCACGCCAACAAAACGACAAUAAAACAUCAUCGAAACGAAAA